CCUUAUAGCAAGCCAGACUUUCUCUGCCUAGUUGACCCUCCACUAAUCCCUAACUUACUUCUAUACGUUGGCCCUAAUUACAGAAAAGAAUAUCUACUAUAUAAUAAUAUAGUAUAUAACGACUGGAUUGUAUUAAUUAAGAACAGAAUACCUAAGGUUAUAUAUAAGCAAUACAGUAUAAUUCUAGAGCAUCCAAUAAAUAGUCUUCUGACAAAGAAAGGUACUGUAAACUAUAUUCAGGUAGGGCAGGGCAAAGAAGGCUUAGGGAUUUCUCGGUUUUUAAAAAUAAAGAGUACUAUUCCGAUCAAAAUCCCCUUUUUACAAGAGUACUAG